AUGUCGUCCCCGAUGAAUCGACUUCCACCAGAAGUCCUUGGUCAAAUAUUUUCAGCCCUCCGAGCACCAAUCGACUUGUUGAGGAGUCCCGAACAAUCCAGUAAUCCCAUAUCUACACUCCCAACAGUUUGCUCUCAAUGGAGGGAGACAGUACUUUCGUUGCAGAUUCUCUGGUCUUGGCUCGUAUUGGAAUACCGUCCGAUGGAUGAACGCCUGUGGGACGAAGAGCAGGGUGAAAGGAUCUGUCGAAUGACAGAAACGAUAUUGACUCGUGCACGUAGCGCCCCUUUGACGAUUCAAUUUUAUUCGAGAGGCGACAACGAUGAAUAUCCUCCUAAUUUAGGUCGCGUGUUGAAUGCUCUUUGUCGUCGCUCUGGUCAAUGGGUCGAGCUCCACUUUUCAUCUUUCUCGCUCUCGUUUUUGCGACACCCUGAAUUUCGGGUUGCGAAAGGAAACCUUGGCGACCUUUCGCAUCUUUACCUUGACGUCGACGAAGAUGGCAGCCUCGACGUGUUCACAGAUUGCCCUGCUCUUCGGACCAUCGUCCUUUGCGGUGACUCUCUUUGUUUGGAAAUGAACAUUCCCUGGCAGCAAAUCCAAAAGACGUUCGUUUGCGUAGAUCCAGGUCUCCAGAUCCCCUUUCUGCGACUCAUGACUAGAUGCUCAAAUCUCAAUUCUCUCAAACUCCGGCUCAUAAGCACCGGAGCUUCAGGAGCUGAGGUCGUUGGGCACAAUAUCUCGACGAAUAUCGAAACCCUGACCCUCCUUUCGCAUCACUCCUCCGCUGCUUGCAAUAAACUCCUUUUCCAACGGCUUGCAUUUCCCAAAUUGUCCUCACUCCAAAUAUCCCCGUCCCGUCUAUCUCGUUAUCGUCGACGUCUAGAUAUAGCGCCCCUUCUCGACCAACUGACUAGGAACCCUUCUCCCAUCACCUCCUUGUCCCUUAAACGGGUUCAUCUUUCCGACGAGCAACGGCUGCGUCUCCUCGAACUCGUGCCUGGGCUUGAGACUCUAGACAUUGCCGAAGCAUAUGGAUCGGGAUCAAAUACGAAGAAUAAAGUACAAAAAAACUUGAGUUGGACAUCCCGAUUCCUCGACGAACUCCUCAUAAAUGAUGAUCUCCCGCAAGGGAUUGCGGAUCCAUCGCCUUCCCCUCCCUUAUUACCAAAACUACGAAAUCUCAUUCUCCGCGUUCACCAACAUGACAUCGAUUUCGACAAGUUGUAUGAGGUGGCCCGCUCGAGGUGCUCCGAUGCAGCGGACUCGACUUCAGACAGGUGGAAGGGUCUUCGCUCCCUCGAAAUCAUCUCCUAUCGUGAAGGUGACCCCAAUACUGGCGUGUUGUUGGAGGAACAGAUCUCCCUAGAACAUGGAGUGGAGCGACUAGAGUCCUUGAAGGAUAUCGGACUCGAGUUCUCCCUGAGGGAUGCCCCUGGCCCCCAAUAA